AGCAUUUAUUACAUGCAGGGCACUACAAUGGAUGUUAGGAGUAUAUAGAUAAAUAAGACAAAGUCCUUGCCUGCAGUAAGGUCCCAGUUUAGGGGAAGAAUCAGCCAGUAACAUGUAUAAGGCCGUAAGUGCUUUUUGCUGCAGAUUCAAAAGCUGAAUUGGUAACUUCGGAGAAAUGAAAUUGAUGGGGGUGGGCAGGAGAAAGCCCUUUCCAUAUGGUAGAGUUGAGUAACAGUGAAGAUAAAGUCUUUUCUUAUACUUAGGAGAAAUUCCUUCGGACUGUUCCAAGAGUUCAAAUAAGUUGAAUUUCAUAAAACCCCAGACCCAGAACCUUAGGCCUCCCUCCCCAUCAGGAGGUGGGUGGGAAACAGAAAGCCUGGGCUAGUCCUUUUACAUUGACUGGUCUUGCCAAUGACAGUCCCUCUGGGGCCUCUCACUUUUCUUCUUGGCAGGUCACCUGGAGCUUGGGGGCUGGCCCAGCUCUCUCAGGAUUCAGCAGACACUGGAAGUGGUGGUGAAGGACACAGUGGUAGUCAAUGUUAUUUGAGCAGGGUCAGCAGGCCCUGGAGCUUCCUGAGUGCACAAUGCAGAAGGCUGCAUACUAUGAAAACCCGGGACUCUUUGGAGGCUAUAGCUACAGCAAAGCCACUGACAAUUAUGGCUAUGGCACUCCCCAUCAGCCCUACCCACCCCCUGCUGCUGCCAACUCCCUGGACACUGAUUACCCAGGUUCUGCCUGCUCCAUCCAGAGCUCUGCACCUCUGCGAGCCCCAGCCCACAAGGGGGCUGAACUCAAUGGCAGUUGCAUGAGAUCUGGCACUGGGAACAGCCAGGGUGGGGGUGGUGGCAGCCAGCCACCUGGUCUGAACUCAGAGCAGCAGCCACCACAACCCCCUCCUCCACCACCCACCCUGCCCCCCUCCUCACCCACCAAUCCUGGAGGUGGAGUGCCUGCCAAGAAGGCCAAGGGUGGGCCCAAUGCUUCCAACUCCUCAGCCACCAUCAGCAAGCAGAUCUUCCCCUGGAUGAAAGAGUCCCGACAGAACUCCAAGCAGAAGAACAGCUGUGCCACUGCAGGAGAGAGCUGCGAGGACAAGAGCCCGCCGGGCCCGGCGUCCAAGCGGGUGCGCACGGCGUACACGAGUGCGCAGCUGGUGGAGUUGGAAAAGGAGUUCCACUUCAACCGCUACUUGUGCCGGCCGCGCCGCGUGGAGAUGGCCAACCUGCUGAAUCUCACCGAACGCCAGAUCAAGAUCUGGUUCCAGAACAGGCGCAUGAAGUACAAGAAGGACCAGAAGGCCAAGGGCAUCCUGCACUCGCCGGCUGGCCAGUCCCCGGAGCGCAGCCCGCCGCUCGGCGGCGCCGCUGGCCACGUGGCCUACUCCGGGCAGCUGCCGCCGGUGCCCGGCCUGGCCUACGACGCACCCUCGCCGCCGGCCUUCGCCAAAUCGCAGCCCAAUAUGUACGGCCUGGCCGCCUACACGGCGCCGCUCAGCAGCUGCCUGCCACAGCAGAAGCGCUAUGCGGCGCCCGAGUUCGAGCCCCACCCCAUGGCGAGCAACGGCGGUGGCUUCGCCAGCGCCAACCUGCAAGGCAGCCCGGUGUACGUGGGUGGCAACUUCGUCGACUCCAUGGCGCCAGCUUCCGGGCCCGUCUUCAACCUGGGCCACCUCUCCCACCCGUCUUCAGCCAGCGUGGACUACAGUUGCGCUGCGCAAAUUCCUGGCAACCACCACCAUGGACCGUGCGACCCUCAUCCCACCUACACAGAUCUUUCGGCCCACCACUCGUCUCAGGGACGCCUACCCGAGGCCCCAAAACUGACACAUCUGUAGCGGUCACUGUCGGCCCGAACUUGCGGCGUCAUUACCUCCUUUGCUUUGAUUGUUGGGGGUGGCAGGCGGGCGGGGCCCGAGGGGCAGUUCGGGGACCCCCUCCCUGGCUCUGGCCUGGCCGCUGCUUCCCAGGUCUCCUCCAGCGGCGGAGGCAGAGGCUAUGCGGCCUCGCCUCCAAACGCGUCCUCCUUUGGGUGACUCGCCGUAAAUCAGCCGCAAGGAUCCUCCCCCGCAAGCCUAACAGUGCCAUAUACUGCGAACCGAGGGACUCUAAUCUGGUAAUGGUGUCUCCAAGGUAAGUCUGAGACCCAUCGGGCGGUGCGCCCUGCAGGAGGACUAGAGUUGGAGUCCUGGGCCUGACCCGCAUCUAGCUUAGUUUCGGAGAUCUUAAUUUAUAUGCUCCUUCCCGUCCCAUAAAGGAUUUCAUCGGACUAAAUGAUCUGUAUUUAUUAUUUGAAGCGAUUCAUUUCGUUUCCCUGAUUAUUUAUCCUCCUCUUAAUGUAUUUAUGUGUAUAUUUGUAGAAUUCUCCAGCCGAGUUUAGGAACGCGCUCCCGGCUUUGGGGGGCCACAUUUCACCUUUUUUUAGUUUCCUUGGUCUGAACUAGUUGAGAGUAGUUUUGAACAGUUGUAACCGUGGCUGGUGUUUGUAGUUGAUGUAAAGGAUUAAGACCACAAAUUGUCCUUCAUGGUCCUAGAGUGAGGCAGCCCGGUGGCAUGGCACGACAGACCUUAUUCAUUUCUCGACAGCCGCAGCCCUCGCCACUUGACGCAGUUUGAUUUCAAAUUGUCUAGUACUAUUUGAACAAAUAUUUAGAAUAAAAAAUUUCUGUUGGAAGUCUAUCUGUUAAUCACACACACUUGCAAGCAGAUCACCCUGCCUUUAUCUUUUGAACAAUCCCAGUGGAAGGGUGAGAAAAAGCCCGACCCUCUGAAAGACCUUAUUUAUUUGGAAUCUAGUACAUAAAUUAAUUUUGGGGGUGAUACUUGCUUACAUUCCAGCUAUUAAAAUUCGGGGGUAGUGGUGGUGGUGGUGGUGUCUAAGGGUGCAAACCUAGGAAUGUCCUGUGUGGCAUGACUGGGACAGGGCUUUGCCAAAGCAGUGCCUGCCUUGCUGUUUCUAUCACCCUCUCUCUAGACACAAUCGACGGUCACAUUAGGGAGGCCAGAGCUCAUUUUUCUGCAUUAAGUAAUAAAAAAAAAACUUUGAAAAAAACUGACAAUCAAAGAAAAGACACAAAAGAAUUCAUAAGAAGAACUGAGCUAUGAAAAGGUAAGGUGCAGAAAAUGAAAGGUUCAUUUGGAGACAGGCACCGAAGCUUUUUCUCUAGGAAAUGCUGUCAUGAAUUUUUCCUUUGUCGUGGUGGGUAGUUCAUUUCUAAAGAAAACAAAUGUUCUCCAUAAUGGGAAGUAAUAAAAGUUUCACUACUGGAACACAGCACAUAUAAACACCCUGUUUACUUCUGUUUCUUUGUACAAAACGGGCAAAAAACGUCUUCAAAAGGUUUAUAACCAUUUUGUAAAUAUUAGUGUGGCUCUAGCUAGGAGCAGACCACUUACACUCACUUCUAUGGGAGGGGACACUUGGAAACCGCCUUCAAAUAAGUUUCAAUUCUUUUGUAUUUCAGCAAAGUCAGCCCACGCAUCUCUAUUUGGUUUGACAAAUAAUGCAACUCCUACUACAUCCCCGGUGACAAGAGGUGAAAUUCCUAUUGUGUGGAAAUAAUUUAACUUCUUAUCUUCUGGUGGAACAACAAUUGUUUCUAUUUGGAUGUUUGUGUUUCACUAAUGAUGGCUCAAAAUACAUUUACUUUCCCGGUUCUUUUGUGCUGUUUUUAAAAUGGCAUGUUAGAUUGGGGGCGGGAGGGGAUAUUCUUUUGCCAAAUUUCACUUUAUCUGAGGAGGUUCAAAGUAUAUAUGCUGUAGAAGUGUACCGACAGAAUAAAUGACUUCAAUCGAAGACAUAUUUUACCCACUUUCAAGGCUUAACAUUGUUUUAUAUGAAAUUUGCAUCCAUGGGCAGAAUUUCUAAUUGUCUUGUACGAAAUUAUUUUUUAAGCUAUUAGGGGAAUCAAAGAUCUCGUUGCCUUGCAGGGAUUACAACCACCUUUCUUAACUGGCUAAAUAUUAAAUAGAUGAAUCGUCAGGCUGUUUAGAUUCAGCCCGGUUUUCCCUCAUCUCCUCUUCCUACCAUAAAUAAUAAUAAAAAUACAUAAUGCAUCAUG